AUCAGAUCCGGGUAGGGUCUUUCUUUGACUCGAAGGUUCACCAAAAGCAUUUUCGAUAUCACCAAACUCGGCGUAUCAAUAAAAUGUAAAUUGAAAGCCACACAAUAGUCCUGCAAAUCUCCUGUGAAACCCUAGCUCUCUCUCUCUCUCUCCUCAGAGUUGAAAUGGAUUCCCUAAACCAUCAAUUUCAAUCUUUCGAUCCUUCUCAACCUCCUCCACCAGAAACCCUAGAUUCCCACUUCGAAAACCACCCUCCUCCUCCACCUCCACAAGAUGAAUCUCAAAUCCUCGAUUCCCAAAACCUAGACAGAACCCUAAACGGAAAUGCCCAAACCAUCCUCAACAAUGGCAACGACACCGCUCUUAAAAUUCCCAAACCCUUGCUAUCAGAGAACGGUCUCACCAAUACAAACAGCGGCGACAGAGAUUUCUCCGGAGGCGAAGAGGAGACAACCAGCCGUCGACGUAGACGCAGCCGAUGGGACCCGCCGGCUGAUUCCACCGCCAACAGUAACAGUAAUAAUAAUAGUCAAUCCACUGACGCCAAUAAUAGUGAUUCCGGUACUGGUGGUACUACACGGAAACGAAAAUCGCGGUGGGCUGAUGAUGAGCCAAAACCAACGAUUCAGCUUCCUGAUUUUAUGAAAGAUUUUACUGGAGGUAUUGAAUUUGACCCUGAAAUUCAGGCUUUAAAUGCUAGGCUUCUAGAAAUUACUAGACUGUUUCAAUCAGGUAUGCCUUUAGAUGACAGACCUGAAGGAGCUAGGUCUCCUUCUCCUGAACCAAUUUAUGACAACAUGGGAAUUAGAAUCAACACUAGAGAGUUUAGGGCUAGAGAGAGAUUGACCAAAGAGAGACAAGAUAUCCUUACUCAGAUGAUCAAGAGAAACCCUGCUUUUAAGCCUCCUGCUGAUUACAGGCCGCCUAAGCUUCAGAAGAAGCUUUAUAUACCCAUGAAGGAAUAUCCAGGGUAUAAUUUUAUUGGUUUGAUUAUUGGGCCAAGAGGAAAUACACAGAAGAGAAUGGAGAGAGAAACAGGAGCAAAAAUUGUUAUUCGGGGUAAAGGAUCAGUCAAGGAAGGGAGGUUGCAGCAGAAAAGGGAUUUGAAACCUGACCCAUCGGAGAAUGAAGACUUGCAUGUUUUAGUUGAGGCUGAAACACAGGAGGCUUUGGAUGCUGCUGCAGGGAUGGUGGAGAAGUUGUUGCAGCCUGUUGAUGAAGUUUUGAAUGAACAUAAGAGGCAACAGCUUAGAGAACUUGCUGCUUUGAAUGGCACAAUAAGGGAUGAGGAGUAUUGUAGGUUGUGUGGAGAGCAGGGGCAUAGACAGUACGCCUGUCCUUCACGUACUACUACAUUUAAGAGUGACGUGCUUUGUAAGAUUUGUGGGGAUGGUGGACAUCCAACGAUUGAUUGUCCUGUUAAGGGAACAACAGGAAAGAAAAUGGAUGAUGAGUAUCAAAACUUUUUGGCCGAGUUAGGUGGGACUAUGCCAGAAUCCUCAACUAAGCAAACUGCUACCCUUGCCUUGGGUCCAGGUAGUUCUGGAAGCAAUCCUCCCUGGUCUAGUAGUAAUACAGGCGGUCUUGGUAGUGCAAAUCAAGCAGGAGGACUAGGAGCAAAUGGAGUUAAACCUAUUAAAGAGUAUGAUGAUACCAAUUUGUAUAUUGGCUAUCUGCCACCUAAUCUUGAUGACGAUGGUUUGAUUGGUUUGUUCUCCGCUUUUGGUGAUAUCGUGAUGGCUAAGGUUAUUAAGGACCGGGUCACUGGAGUGAGCAAGGGUUAUGGUUUUGUGAAGUACCGUGACAUUCAAAUGGCUAAUAAUGCUAUUGCAAGCAUGAAUGGUUACCGUAUAGAUGGCCGAACUAUUGCUGUGAGAGUUGCUGGGAAGCCACCCCAGCCCACUGUUCCUCCAGGCCCUCCUGCAUCAACUAUGCCUGCAUAUCCCAUUGCAUCUCAGCCAGUUGGUGCUUAUCCAUCACAGCAGUUUACCCCAGGUGGUCCUCUUCCAAAUGCACCACCUGCUGGCUAUGCAGGUCCUCCUGCUAGCUAUGGCGGAGCCCCAGUUCCUUGGGGGCCGCCAGUUCCUCCUCCCUAUGCACCUUAUGCCCCUCCCCCUCCUGGAUCCACAAUGUAUCCUCCUGUACCAGGACAGCCUAUGCCCCCUUAUGGUUAUCCUCCACCAGUACAGCCUGCUCCCUCAGGUGCACCUACUCCGACAGUGACUUCCAGUGAAGCUCAGCAAAGCUACCCACCAGGAGUUCAAUCUGAGAACAGCACCUCUGCUCCACCGUCAUCAUCAAAUAUCUAUUGCAGUUCUGUAGCAGUACCUUCUGGUGCUCAACCUGCAUAUGUUACUGCUUCAUUAGGUUACUCAUCUUAUUACAAUGCAGUUCCUCCUCCCCCUCCUGCACCUGCUUCAACAGGUGACCAUACCCAGGGCAUCAGUAAUGUGCCUUGGGCUCCAAAUCCUCCUCUGCCUCCCCCAGUUUCCUCUUCUUCAGAGAAAACAGCCUAUGGUGCAGAUUCAGAGUAUGAGAAGUUCAUGGCAGAGAUGAAAUGACAUGGCCUUUUCUGUAGCAGUUCCUGGUUGAGAGGCCUUGAUGUUUGUUGGAGCAACCUGAUUUCUUACCUCUUGCCAUGACUUUGUUGGAAGUUUGGGACUCACAUCUUUAACAUUGCUGUACUGUUAUGACAUUUGCAGAGAUUUGGGCAGAAGUUCGGCUAACACUGUUGCAUUUUGGAGAGGCCCCACAAAAGUUAUUGAUAUUCAUAUAUCUUCUUGUUUUAUAGGAGAUACUUUGUUUCUUAUGAAUGCUUAUUGGUCCUAUAUAAUGUCUGGUUGCUAAUGUCUUCUUGUUUCCUUAGCCCAUUUGAACUUUCUUGAAGCUGAAACUGACGCCUUUGUUGUUAUAUUUUAUUUUCUUUGGGAUGUUUAACCA